AUGAGUAGGUCUGGAAAGAAUGUUGAUACUUGUGAUAGUGUAAAUGGAGUUGGGGGUUCAGGUGCUAGUCAGGGGUCAAAUGAGGUAUGGAGUUAUCUUGAUCAUGAAAUUGUGCAACUCACAAACCUUAGAUCGACACCCCAUGAGCAUUUGAGCCGGGUCCUGGCUGGAAAGUCAAGGUUACCUGUUUCACCACCUGUUAAAAUGUUGAUCGGUCGAGAGGGGAACUAUAGUGGGAGGGGGAGAUUUUCAUCUGCCGACAAUUGUCAUAUUUUGAGCCAAUAUUUGCCUUUCUGUGGUCCUCGGAUGAUUGAUAAGAUGAAGAGUUGUGCUUAUGUAUCACAAUUUGCGGCUGAUGGUUCUCUUUUUAUUGCGGGAUUUCAG